UCAGCAUAUUUGGGGUUUAGGGUUCUUGGGGAAGGAAAUGGCGCGUCUAGUGUGUCGCAUCUGCCAGAAGCAGUACGCGAAUUACACAUGCCCCCGCUGCAAUCUUCGCUAUUGCUCGCUCCAGUGUUACAAGGGCCACAGUGUGCAAUGCACGGAAGCCUUCUCUCGCGACAACGUUCUCGCGGAGAUGAAGAAUGUGGAGGUGUCCAAGGAGACGAAGCAAAACAUUCUGCAAGCAUUGCAAAGGCAAAGCGAGGAUGGAAAGGAAUCCAUUAACGAUGAAGAGGAGGAGACUUCCAUCUCGGACGAGACUUUACAGAAAUUAAUUGCUGGAGCCGAGGUCACAGUGGCUGAUUUAUCCUUGGACGAACUAAAAGCGUUUAAACGAGCUGUGGCAAGCGGAGAGCUGUGCCACCUUAUCGAGCCAUGGGAGCCCUGGUGGCUAAAACCGGGUGCCAAAUCCUUGACUCUCGGCUCUCAAGGCAACAGUCUCGUGCAACCGCUCGACUCGACGAGCAACGACGAACAAGAGAGUACGAACGAAGCUCCUCUUCCUCCAUCGCAAGCUCUACCGCCGCUAAGUCACCUCUCUAAACUUGAUCCUUCGCCGCUACUCCCGGUGCACCUCAUCGAUCUCCUUUACAGCUACUGCUUCGUGAUGCGGCUUUACAAUGGCGAGUGGAAGGACAGUCCGCUGGACGCGGCCAUGGAUUUGCUAGCGACGUCCAGAGUUCUAUCGCAGUCGGCUCAACCCGAGACGGUCACCGAGGUGAUAUGGUACUGCUCCGAGGCCGUGUGCUCGCCGGCUUUCAGGCACGCGGGUGGCAGCCAGCUCAGUCUGUUGCUCUGCGAUGAUACAGCGGCGCUUCUCCGGAUUGGAAGGCCCGCGGUGGUACGUGCCUUGGCAGAUCUCCAACGAAUGCUGGAAGCCUCCAUCGACGAGUCCAAGAAGCUCAAGAUGGUCGACACCAAGAAGGAGAGCAAGCUUCUCCAGGCGGCUUCCAGGAAAGCUUUCUUCCUUAUGUGCUGGGCGAACCAACUUGGCGAUGGCGUCGCUUGUUUUGCAGCUCUGGUGGACACCGAGAAGGAGAGACGUGCCGAAUCCACUGAGUCGACGGUGACGACGGCGAGGACAACGAUGAGGACGACGAGGACGACGACCAAAGCAGUUUUGUCUGCCGCUGGCGAUUGAAUGCUACUCGAAGCUCGGUCACUGUGUCAAGCUCUUCUUUUGUUGAUCUGCCGUUGUCCGUGUGCGUAGCCGAAGUUUCAUCAGGUGCAUCGCAAGUAAGCAACCAAAAGCUCGCUCCCUCGCUCGCGAUUCAUCCAUCCUUGCGGAAAGUGGGAGAAUCAAUCUUUUCGUUUCAAACAAGAUCUAAGCUUUUUUCCACUACGUUUUAUUUUGUCGCUGGGCUGCACUGGAUCCAAUUACCAAAUGAAAUAUCAUAUCUUCCUUUC